GAAAAUAUGGAAAACACAUGGUCGAUGCCUUUUAUAUAACAGAUACACCUAACAGAAAACAGACACAAUGGCACUUAAAGAAGAUAUUACGGAAUUUCAGUACGCAGUUCGCGAAAUCUGUUCAAAAGUGAUAUUUCUUAAGUCUCAUUUUGACCGGGUUAAAGUGACGGAAUGGGUCAGGAAGCUGGCCACGAUCCCAACGACGACAUUUGAACAGACUAAGUUGAGGAACGACUAUAUACAGCUUUUGAGAAUCACGGUACUGUCAGGGAUCCUACACGGGAUAUUCGUUCACAAUCCGCCAUCGGGAGAACUACCUCCGCUGGCAGAAGCUGUUGGUGCUGAAGUCGUAAGGCAUAUCCCAAAACUCGCCGAGGUCGGGCCAAUUGCACCUUUUAUGUGUCACAAGUCGCCAGACGGAAAGGCAAUCGUGUCGAUAAAGAAGCUCAGCGACGAAGGCGUGAUGUGCUACUUGGCCGUCGCCCCCGAAGGCUUAUAAACCCCUUGUGAACAGAGAAAGAAUAAAAUUUUCGAAAACUU